AUGAACCCUAAGUUUGAACGCGUUCUUAAAAUCCUCGGUCUGAUUGCGGUAUUGACGAUUCUGGUCGCGGCGAUCGUGGGCGGUUGGUUCUACAGUCAACUGGCCGGCAGCUUGCCGCAGGUGGAUGGGGAGAUUGUGAUCGAGGGGAUCUCCGCCCCGGUCAGCAUCAAGCGCGACGCAUUGGGCGUUCCGAGGAUUGAAGCCGAGAACCGAAUCGACCUGGCGUUUGCCACCGGGUUUGCUCACGCGCAAGACCGCUUCUUUCAGAUGGAUCUGCUCCGCCGCAAUUCAGCAGGUGAGCUUUCGGAACUGGUCGGCCCGGCGGCGGUGAAUCACGACAAAGAGAUGCGGCUGCACCGUUUCCGCGAUCGGGCCAAAGCCAUGGCUGAGUCAUACGACGAAGAGCAGAUCGCUUUGCUGCAGGCAUAUACUGAUGGCGUGAACGCCGGGCUGAAUUCGCUUUCGGUCAAGCCACCGGAGUACCUGUUCAUGGUGCUCGACGCCGAGCCGGCCCCGUGGCAAAUCGAAGACUCGGCCCUGAUUCUGUUCUCGAUGUACCUCGACCUGCAAUGGGGCGAUUUCAAGCAAGAGUGCCGUUACGGCGUGAUGCGCGACACCUUGCCGGAGGAGUUGGUCGACUUCUUGAUUCCCCCCGGCUCGAAGUGGGACGCCCCGGUCGAAGGCGACGCACUGCCGGCCCCAACUUAUCCGGGGCCCGACAUUGUCAAUCUGCGAACGCAGGAAGCCGAGGAGGUGGUCGAGCAAACUGCCAGCAAUCGGCCGGUACUCGAUGAGUUGGCUGAACUGGAUUACUACGCGGCCUUCGCUCCCGGGAGUAACAACUGGGCGGUGGCCGGUUCGCACUCGGCCCAUGGCGGAGCGAUCGUGGCCGACGACAUGCACCUGGGAAUCAGCGUGCCAGGGAUUUGGUAUCGCGCGAGUUUGAGCUGGAAAGACGAAGAGGGACAGCCGCACGAAGUGACCGGUGUCACGCUGCCCGGAACGCCGGCGAUGGUGGUUGGCAGCAACGGUCACGUAGCCUGGGCGUUCACCAACAGCGAAGGCGACUGGCUCGACGUGGUGGUGUUGGAACCGGACCCCAACGACGACGAUGCGUAUCUCACCCCGGAGGGUUCGAAAAAGUUCGAACACCAUCCCCAGGUGAUCCACGUGAGCCGGAGCCCCGACGAGAAGUUCGAGGUGCUGGAAACCAUUUGGGGGCCGGUAAUUGAUACCGAUCCCGAUGGACGACGUCGCGUGGCGCGUUGGGUGGCGCACGACCAGGAAGGCGUGAACCUGAACCUGUUGAAUCUGGAAACCUGCAAGACCACCGACGAGGCGUUGACGAUGGCCGCCUUGAGCGGAUCGCCGGCGCAGAACUUCGUGGUGGGCGACGACUCGGGCAAAAUCGCCUGGACGAUUUUGGGACGUAUCCCGCGUCGGCCUGAUAUCGACGGACGGAUUCCGGCCAGUUGGACCGAUGGGAAACGGCAGUGGCAAGGCUGGCUCGAACCGAAAGACUAUCCCCGUAUUGUUGCGCCCGAGGAUGGACGUAUCUGGACGGCCAACGCCCGUGUGGUGGGUGGCGAAAAGCUGGCCAUCUUGCGCGACGGGGGUUACGACCUGGGUGCUCGGGCUGGUCAGAUUCGCGAUGAUCUAUAUGAGGUCGACAAGGCCACCGAGGCCGACAUGCUGGCCAUCCAACUCGACGAUCGAGCAGUGUUCCUCAGCCCCUGGCAAGAACAACUGGUCGGUCUGCUCGAUGAGGAAGCGCUCGAAGGCCAACCGAAACGCGCCGAAGCCAAAGAACAACUUGAAAAGUGGGGCGACCGCGCUGCGAUCGACUCGGUGGGCUACCGCAUCGUUCGCGAUUACCGAUUACGGGUGCUGCAGAUGGUGUGCGAGAGCCUGACGGUGCCCUGCCGGGAGUACGAUUCGGAAUUCAAAGUGCCGUGGUCCACCAAGGUCGAGGGGCCCGUGUGGCAACUAAUUACCGAACAGCCCGAGCAUUUGCUCGACCCCAAUUACGAAACCUGGGACGCACUACUUCUGGCCGCAUUGGAUGCGGAGCUGGAAGAGCUUUCGAAGAACCAGCUUCCCCUGGCUCAGCAAACCUGGGGUGUGUACAACACCGCGCGAAUCCAACAUCCGUUAAGCAAAGCGGUGCCGGCCCUUUCGCGAUGGCUCGACAUGCCGGCAGUUCCGUUGGCUGGAGGAUCGAGCAACAUGCCCCGCAUCCAACGCCCCGACUCGGGGGCCUCUCAACGCAUGGCCGUUUCGCCUGGCCGCGAGGAAGAAGGCUACAUGGAAAUCCCCUGCGGCCAAAGCGGCCAUUUCCUUUCUCCCCACUACGCCGACUCUCACCCAGCCUGGGUCGAAGGCCAACAGUCGCCGUUCUUACCUGGUGAGGCAGUGAACACGCUGGUGUUGAAGCCGGAGUAA